AUGUGGUGUGAGAAUCUCUUUUGGUGCUUUGUUGGACAUUUCUUGGUGUUCUCAUGGAUUACCAGUUUAGCUGAUGGGAGUGCCCUGAAGACUGGCGAGCCGCUGUACCUUCACGUCGGCAGCUCGGACGCGGAUCAGGAGAUGGGUUAUCUCAAGAACAUGAAGGACGACGGGAAGAAGGGCUAUCAGCACUUCGAGAGCUUCCACAACAAGGACGGCGAUGAUUAUGGAUAUGAGAAGCACGAGGCGUUCGGAUACGAGGACAACACUAAGGAUGGCGAUGACAAGGCGGAUUUGAAGGAGAAUCCAAUUGUUGUGCAGGAGGAGAAGGAAGCUGAUGAGCAUCAUGAGAGUGAACCCAAGUCAGAUCAUCCAGAAAGUGACAAUGUGGAGGAGAAGAAGGAGGAACCGGAGAGUGAAAAUCAUCAGGAGCGAGUGGAUCAUGAGGAGAUCAAGGCAGAACCGAGAAAUGAUGUCGAGGAGGCGGAGCCAACAGAGGAACCGAAGCAGGAGGAGAUUAAGGAUGAAGAGAAGAGUGAAAAGUCAGAGAACACUGUUGAGGAAACCUCUGACAAACCGAAGGAUGUGGAAGAUCAUGAGGAGUUGAAAGUGGAGGAAGAGGCAGAGGAGCAGCAAGAAGAUCAACAUGAGGAAGAUGAAGAUGAUGAAGAGGAAGAGUACAGAGAUGAGGAGAGUAAGAAAUCCCCGCGGAAUGCGAUCGAGGAAAAUGAGGAUGAGGAAGUUCAUGAGAUCUUCGUGAGUGAACCAGAGGAUUCUGAGGGUGUUGAAAAGAACUACGAAGUGACGGAAGACUCUGAGAUUGUGGAGGGCGAUCAAACGCAGCAACUCCGAUAUCCUUAUGGCUUCUACACUCCAUUCACCAACGCUGCCAUCCUGCAGAAUCCCUAUCCAGUCACCGCAGCCACUCCCAGAUCCGUCCUCAACACGAGAGUCAACUAUGGAUUCUACAGUCCGCUGACGGGACUGAAGAAACCGCAGCCGACGCGCCCUUUGGCUCCGACUUUCUCUCCCAGACUUUCGCCACUGGUGAAGCCAAGACGAAAUCUCGGCGGCUUUGGGUACGAAACCAAAAUCUUUCACCAUCAAGGCAACGCACCAGAGAAGCAGGCCAUCCAGAUAAAGAUCUAUGAUGGAGAAAUCACCGUCCCGGCGACUAAUGUGAAGGCUAAAGAGGAGGAAAAGCCCAAGAACACCGUGGAUUAUGAGAGUGACGAAGAGGAAUCUGAAGAGGUUGAGGAUGAGAAGCGGCAAAACCUUAAGCAGGAGCCUGAUGACUACUCAGAGGAGGAUUCAGCGUCGUCAGAGGAGAGCGUUGAGAAGAAACCAUCGCAAAAGUAUCAAAAGUCCAGCGGAGAAAAUAGUGACGACAGCAGUUCUGCCGAGCAGGAAGACUCCGAUGAUCUUCAGAGUCAAUUAGUCACGACCAGUGAUGUGGAUAAUGACGCAUACUACUGGCUUUAG